AUGUCUCCACCUCGCCAGAUAAACGUAACUGGUGGCAACUUCACACAAGAGCCACCCAGUGAGCCACCACGGAGCGAUGAAGCCAAUGCACCAAGCAUAAGACCUGGAAUAGAUCUCGAACGCCAAGCAGGAAGCUGGGGUUGGCAAAGGGGUUGGGUCCGCAUGUGUCAACAGAUACAACAAGACAAAAGGCACAUGGUAGCGCCCCGAUUGACAAACAUAACCUCGCGCUGUAUUAUGCUUCAAGCGGAACGCAUGGUAGCUCUCAAUGCCGAGGCUGAAAAAGCAUCCGAAUUGGGUGAAGAAGCUGCGAACUUGAACGAAAAGCUCGUGGAAGAAUGCCUAAAAUAUUUACAGCUGCUACUUCAAACAAGCCAGGUACUCGCACUUGACAAGCCAGGCAACUAUUUCUUGAGACACCUUUUGCCUUGCUUCAGAGAUAUGUUAAAGGGCGGGGGCGGUAACUACCUUGACGCGCCGAUGAACGACUGGGUAACGCUCGCUCAACCAGACAGAAUGGAUCAGCUCAUCUGUCUUGCCGCCUUCACAAAGGUCGGCAGAGCACUCCUGACACCGUUCGUCUCAGCCGAAGAAGAGGUUGGUGAUAAUCUUCAGAUUCACUAUAACGAAGGGGUCAUACGAUUUAUAACCACCACCCUUUUCAGCUCCAUUAUUGCUGUGUUUGCUUGCGCCCCAGCCGCGAUUCAGUCCCUGAAUGUCCGAUCAACAGUGGGUGAAGUAGUUGUGUAUCUCGUGUUUGUGAUCGCGUUUGGCUGGCUGAGCCAGGGACUGAUUUUGGGAUUUGAGAAAGUUUUGCUCACCUGUCUCGCCUAUGCCGGAUUGAUGGCCACCCUUCUUCGAGGUGGUUGA